AUGUACGUAACUCUCUACUACCUCGUCACCCGGCUCCCUGACUCCCUUCGCUCGGUCAGGGACCACUUCCUCUCUGUUUGCCCCACCACGCUCACCGUUGACCUCCUUGAGGAGCGCCUCUUUGCAGCAGAGAAGAGUAUAGUCGCUGUAGGAGCCUCUCGUGGUGACCCUCGUGCCCCUUUCUUUGAGGGGUGCUCUCCCGUCCCUCUUUUGCCCUCUGUUGCCUCUGCUGCUGCUGUCGACCUCGUCGACACCGAGUCGGUCGGCGCUGCGUUUGCUCCUAGUGGGAGGCGCCGCCACGGCAAGGGCAAGGGGGGCAAGGAUCGCCAGCAGCAGCAGCACCCUCGAGAGACCUUGUCGCGCGAGCAGCUACGUGAGUGGUACGCUGGGAGUCAGAGGUCUGGGGGUGCCGGUCCCUGCACUUACGUUCUCCGCACCGGCAACCGUAGUGGGGAGACGUGUGGAAGACCACACGCCACACUGCGCUGCUUUGGCCGCCUGACUGACGCUUGGCGUACGCAGUUUCCCGACUCCUCUGAGAUCCCUCGCUGGGGUGAUCUGCUUAAGUCGGGGGUUGCUAUCUUUGAUCUUGAUUAUGAUGCUAUCCUUGCUACUAUGUAUGCUGUGUCUUUUAGUGCUGAGGGUGACUGUUACCUGUGUGUUCCGCCUGACCCGGGCAUUGAGGCUGCUGCUCUAGGUGCUGGUGAGUCUGCUUCUCCAGGUGCUGGUGAGUCUGCUGCCCCAGGUACUGGUGAGUCUUCUCUCUCAGGUACCGUGUCGGCUCAGGCCUUACACACUAUCACCCUUGACUCAGGUGCUUCCCGCUCCUUCUUUCGUGACUGCACCACACUCUCGCCGCUCAGUCAGCCGGUGGCAGUCUCUUUGGCUGACCCCUCUGGGGGUCCGGUCCUUGCUCACUCCUCCACAGUCCUGCCGUGCCCACCGCUCCCGUCUGGCUCUCUGUCUGGCCUCCUUUUCCCCUCGUUCUCCACGAACUUGGUGAGUGGAGCUGCCCUUCAGGAUGCCUGGGUUGACUAG